UAAUCACCCAAAAUUAUGAUUCGAAAAAUUUGGCCACUAAAUUCGGGCCGUCAACAAGCCUAUAUAAUUAAUUAUUCUUUUGAUGAAAAUGAAAAUCUAUUCAUAACUAAUGAUGAUGAUAAUAAUUUAUCCGGUAAUUUUAGUUCGAAUCAAUUUACUAAAAUGGCUAAAACAAAUGGUAAUAAUAAUAAUAAUAAUAAUCCACAAAUACGUGCAGCUGAUAAUGAUUAUGAACGUAUGAUAAGAGUAUCGGAAGAAGUUGCUGAACAAUUAACCGGACGUUAUCGACGAAUAUCAGCAACCAAAGAUGUUCUUGAUGAAGAUAUUAAAAAUAUGGUCAAACAACGACGUAAACAUCGUAUGUUAGAAAAAUCUUCAAGUGCUAAUGCCAUUUUGAAUCCAUCAUCCGGUGGUAAUAGUGGUGCUGGUGAUAUUAUAUCAUCACGUUCAUCAACAUCAUCAUCAUCAUCUUCAUCAUUAGCAUCUGGUUUAUCAAAACCGGCCGUAUUGAAAGCUGCCGCUGCAUCAGUUAUUCCACAUUCACAUCAAUCGUAUCGUAUACGACAUCUAAAAGAUACAUUAACACGUUCACCGAAAAGUUCACGUCGUAAACAAUUACAAGAUUUAGCAUUACAAUUAGCAAUGUCAAGUGAACAAAAUUUAAAUGAUUCUACAUCAUCAUCACCAUCAUCGAAUGCUUAUAAUUGGCCAAAUAAUGUUGAUGAUUAUGAAGUUGGUGAAAUUAUUGGUAUUGGUGCAACGGCUGUAGUACAUGCAGCAUAUUGUAAACCAAGAAAAGAAAGAUGUGCUAUUAAAAAAAUUAAUCUUGAAAAAUGGAAUACAUCGAUGGAUGAAUUAUUGAAAGAGAUACAGGCAAUGUCAGCUUGUAAUCAUGAUAAUGUUGUUACCUAUCAUACAUCGUUUGUUGUUAAAGAAGAACUUUGGUUAGUCAUUAAAUUAUUAGGUGGUGGUUCAUUAUUGGAUAUUAUUAAACAUAAAGUUAAACAUGAAGAUUGUCGACAUGGUGUAUUUGAUGAAGCGACUAUUGCAACUGUUCUACGUGAAGUACUAAAAGGAUUGGAAUAUUUUCAUGCAAAUGGACAGAUUCAUCGUGAUAUUAAAGCUGGUAACAUUUUACUUGGUGAUGAUGGUUCCGUACAAAUCGCUGAUUUCGGUGUCAGUUCAUGGUUAGCCACCGGUGGUGAUUUAUCAAGACAAAAAUCACGUCAUACAUUUGUCGGUACACCUUGUUGGAUGGCACCCGAAGUAAUGGAACAGGUGACUGGUUAUGAUUUUAAAGCAGAUAUAUGGAGCCUUGGUAUAACGGCUAUCGAAUUGGUAACUGGAACAGCUCCUUAUCAUAAAUAUCCACCGAUGAAAGUAUUGAUGUUAACAUUACAAAAUGAUCCACCUACAUUGGAAUCAGUAUCGGAUGAAAAAGAUCAAUAUAAAAAUUAUGGUAAAUCUGUUCGUAAAUUUAUUUCCGAAUGUUUGCAAAAAGAUCCAAACAAACGACCUACGGCAACCGAAUUAUUGAAACAUCAAUUUUUUCGCAAAUCAAAAGAUCGAAAAUAUUUACAAAAUACUUUGUUAACUAUUGCACCAACUAUUGAAGAACGUUCGAAAAAAGCUCGUACUAGUCGCCGUGCACAAGGUGCAAGUGGUCGUCUUCAUCGUACUGAAGCUGGUGAUUGGGUUUGGUCAUCAUCGGAUGAAGAAGAUGAUGAUGAUAAUCAAAAUAAUAAUAAAGAUAAUAGUAGUGAAUCAUCACCAAAUCGGCAACCACAGCAACAACAACCAAUAUCAUCUUCAUCACCAUUAUCAUCAUCUUCCCAACAGCAGCAGCCGCAAACAACAGCUCAAAAUUUAUCGCAACAACAACAACAACAAUCAAACGAGCAAAUACCCGUUAAUAAUCAUAAUGCAACAACGACCAUUACUAAUGAUUCGACAUUAAUGCCUAAAGUAAUCCCAAAUGAAUCAUUGAUACAAGUUCAAGGAGAUUCAAAUCCAAAAACAGAAUCCGUUUUGGAACAAUCCAAUGUUAAAUUGACUCAAAAUCAACAACAACAAUCUUCAACUGCAAUGGUCGUUGAGACAACAACAGAAAACAAUUCUCAACUAUUAUCUCAACAACAACAACCAAUGGGUGAUGAUAUUCCUAUUAAUCUUGUAUUGCGUAUUCGUAAUUCUAAACGUGAAUUGAAUGAUAUUCGUUUUGAUUUUACCGUUGAUAAAGAUACCGCAAAUGGUAUUGCCCAGGAAUUAGUAUCGGCCGGUCUUGUUGAUGGAAAAGAUUUUGAACCAGUUUCACAGAAUCUACAAAAAUUAAUACAAGAUCGUGCUAAAAUGAAGAAUAUUGUUUUUCCAUUGAAUUCUUGUGACGAUAGUGAACCAUUGGAUGAAAAAACAUUGACUGGUUAUGCACAGAUAUCAAUAUCAUAGAUUUUAUUCAAUCAAUCUCUCUCUCUUUUUUUUCCUUUGGCAUUUUGUUUUAAAAGAUGAAAACAGAUUUUUAAUUCAAUAUAUUUAUAUU